AUGUCUUCAACUGAUUGUAGUGAUAGUGAAUGUGGUGAAGAGAUACCGGUGUUGGACUCUAAUGAGCCGCCGGCUCCUUCGGGGAGUGGUAAAGUGACGUCUGUGUUGGACUCUAAUGAGCCACCGACUCCUUCGGGAAGUGGAUUAGCGAUAUCAGUGCCGGAGGAUGAACCAACUGAAUCGCAGGCUUCAUCAUCAGAGGCAGGUCAUGCUCCACUACGAUUGCACCUCUACACUGAGGAAUUAUUGAAAACUAGUGGACGCCCGCGACUUCGUCCGCGUGGAAGUCGGUAUCCCGUGGGAGUGAGAAGUUUUCCCAGUAAAAAGUACCCUAUGUGUUAUUCUGAUGUAUAACCUAUAUUGCUGUAAAGUUUUAUCCAAAUCCGUCCAGUAGUUUUUUCGUGAAAGAGUAACAAACAUCCAUACAUCCAUACUUACAAACUUUCGCCUUUAUAAUAUUAAUAGGAUGUGGAAUAUGGAGAAUAAUAAUAGGUAUGUUCAAGGUGUUUUAUGCAUUAUCUUAGUGCUCGUUAUAAACUGGGAACAGAUGACCAAUGUCUCACUUUUAGUGAAGAGCGAGGACUUAUUUUAUCUACAAAAAAUUGUAGACGGCACCGCAAGCCCAUGUCCUUAUUAAAGUCUAAAGGAGCUGUAGGAGCGUUUUUAUGCAAAAUAAAUACCUGUAGAUCCAGUGCAUCUGAAGGUGAGAGCAGUAAUGCUGGCAGCACUAGUAUUUUGAAGUCAUCAGUCUUGGUCAACUUUACAAGUGCCUUAGGACUUAUCACUGAUGACCUCGAUGUUGAUGGCUUGCUACAGGGACCCGGUAUUGAUGUAGAUGCUAACGACUUGUUUCCAGUCAAAGAAAAGCGUCGAGGAAAGAAGAGGAAGUUUAAUGAAAAUGACAUUAUAAUGGAAAGAAGUACGAAUUGA